CUCCUUCUGCUCAAAAAUACUUUUUUGGCAGCACAACUAUGAUUUGGAACUACUGCAGUAGUGGGAAGUCUAUGAAAGGCCUCUGUGUGUGAGUGUAUUCUCUCUCAGUUGGUUCUCAUCCAAGUUACUUUAUUUUAUUGUCAUCAUGUCAGCCCACCAGGGGGGCAGUGUCCGCAGUAUCCGGCCAUUUAGGUCCAGUGAGCAGUACCUGUUUGCCAUGAAAGAGGACUUGGCUGAAUGGCUGACGGAGCUAUACAACUUGGAUAUUACAAUUGAUAACUUUACUGAGGUCCUGGAGACUGGUUCUGUACUCUGUCAGCAUGCCAAUCAUGUGACUCAGGUGGCCAGGGAAUUUUCUGUGGAGUACCCUGUCCAAGCACGGAAACUCCAGCUACCAAACUCAGGAGUGAAAUUCAAUGCUUUGGCCCAGCCUGGGACAUUCUUAGCUAGAGAUAAUGUGUCCAACUUCAUUCAAUGGUGCAGAAAGGAAAUGGACAUUAAAGACGUCUUGAUGUUUGAGACAGAAGACCUGGUUCUGAGGAAGAAUGAAAAGAACUUUGUUCUGUGCUUGUUAGAACUGGCCCGCCGGGCGUCUCGUUUUGGCAUGAGUGCUCCCAUGCUCAUACAAAUGGAGGAACAGAUAGAGGAGGAGAUUCGCGAGGAGCUGGACUUGCCUCCAGUGGAAAUUCCAAUUCCUAAACCCCAAAAAAAACUCUGUGACUUCAAAAACCUGGAUCAAAUGGUGCAGCACUUGGUGAGCAGGUGUACUUGUCCCAUGCAGUUUUCCAUGGUCAAAGUCUCUGAGGGAAAGUACAAAGUUGGAGAGUCAAAUACACUCAUUUUCGUUAGGAUCCUCCGCAACCACGUGAUGGUCAGAGUAGGGGGAGGCUGGGAUACCCUAGAGCAUUAUCUGGAUAAACACGACCCCUGUCGCUGCACAUCUCUUUCUCAUAAACAAGCUUUGAAACUGGGGGUUCCACAGAGGCAAGCCACCCCAGUUCACGAGAUCAAAACCCAUUUAACAUCAAGACCUGACAACGCCAACAAAUCCUACACAACACUGAUCGUGAACAGGUCCCAGAGUCCAUUACCACCCGUGGACUGGAAUACCUACACCCCUGGCAUCAAUAAUAAAUCACUUUUAUCUUCAACAUCUCCAGAAGGUCUAAACAAGACAACAGGGUUUAGGACUCAUCUUUUACCAGAUCACAAGACCAAUAUUCCAGCCAGGGCACGCUCAACCACUCCUUCCAGAAGACAUCUGUUCAGUGAGGAGGGUCAAGCUGGAUAUCUACACCUCUCUUCAAAGUUUGUGCAAGACAGGAAUAACCUCUCCACAUCUUUUUUGAGUUCCCAAAUUACUGGAAAUGAAGAUGAAAACUCUGAAGCUUUGGAACAUUCUUCUGCAUUUCAGCAAGAGAGGCAGAUGGUAAAAAGUCAGGCCCGGAGUCUAAAGGAACCUCCGACAGAGGAUGUUCAUAUUGGCCAUUUACGCAAUUCACACAGUAGAGUUCAGUCUGCAAUAGAUAAGGACAACACCCAGAUGUCAAAGACUGUCCAGCAGUCUGCAACUUCUCAGGAGUUACGACCUAAGACACCUUCUCGAUUCAUAAGGCCACCAAGCCCUUCCAAGCAGAUACAUAUGGCUCACAGUCAGCAAAGCAAAGUCACAGACUAUAAGUUUAAAACGAAUUCAGGAAAUGCAGAGCGACCACCUUCUCCAACCAAACAACCAAGCUAUUCAGCAAAACAGGAGUUACAUACAAGGAAUGGUGUGGUAUCCACACCAAUUUACAACAGGCCUCCUACACCAAGCAGAGGCUACCAAAGUGAUUCACAAAACAGGGACAGAAGCAAGUCUAUGAGCAGUGAACACAUCACAAAUCAUGAGAAGCUUAGUGCAAGAAGUAUACCUGAAAAAGAUGCCCACCACUGUAAUGUACGAUCUGGUCGGUCUACCCCGAUAAUCCAGCUUCAUAAGAAUGGAACAACACAGUUAAAGGACAAGGAUGUCAGCUAUACUUUAAGAACACAACCCAAGCAAACAAAUACCAAUUUAGGAGCUACAAAGGUUUUAAAUAACAUAGAGCGAGAUAUACAAUAUACACCUUUACCCAUCAAUCCAGAACAAGAGAAAGCAAUGUAUCAGAGUUUGGAAGAUGAAAUCUUAUCAAAUAUCAAAGUUUUAGAAGAAGAUUCAGAUGAAAACAACUUAGAAAGCAGACUUGAUGAUUUUACCCCUGAAUGCAGUAUAGCUAGUGAUUCUGCUGUUCAUGAUUUUAAAAUGAAUAGAUCAUCCAUAUCUUCUGUGCCAUCUAUUACAAAUGCAUUGAAGACACCAUGCGGAGAAAAGGAAGUGCCAAGAAGUGGGGUUUACAUAAACACCAAAUGGCAGGGUGCAAACUAUGAUGAUGUGAUCUCAGAACUUGCCACAGGGCGGUUGAAACUAAACAGGGUAGAUGUUGAAAACUGGAUUUCCAAAAUACCAUCAAAAGACGCAAUGUGUGAUGUUACAGAAACUGAUUUGCCUUCUGCACAUGUAACACAUAAGAAGAAACAACCAGGAUCAGGACCACAGAAAGGUUUUGUUAGAAAGAAAUCACCUUUAUCCGAAGCCAAAGUAAACAAAGUGAAACAAUUGCCUUCUCAAAGAGCUCGACAACUGGCAAUGGAAGCCAGAAUGAAAACUUCUGAGCCUUCAGGUAAUAAUGAAACGUCAUCUGUCAACUGUCCUAACGAUGAAGCUAGUGUUGAACAAUCCAAGUCAUUACAAACAUCCAAACCAAAAAGAAGCCUGAAAAAACCAGAAAGGGUUCCGUCAAUUUUUAAACUUAAGCUACGACCAAAAAUACGCCCUCGUCGGGACAACAGACCUGAAAAAAAGCCAUCCAGAAUCCCCACUCCCAUUACAUAUAGGCAAACACAAACGAAAACCAAGGCACAAGAAGCAGGGAGCUCACAAAACAAUAUUCAAAAUUCGACAGGGGCCAGGAGUCGGAAUGUGUCACAGAGCACGGUGGUCAGUGGAGAAGACCUGGAUUCUGAUGGUGGAGCCUGGUCUUCAGAACACUCUGCUUCUACAAAGGUUACAAAUUCCCAUAACAAUCAAAGCAGCAGUGUACAAAAUCCAAACAGAACUGAUGAGGAUGAAGAAUCCUGGGUAUAAGACAUUUGUAUAAGACAUGUUUCU